GCAGCGUUUUAUGGUGAAAAUACUGUUCUUAGAAACUGCACUGUAUUUGCAAUGAAAUAUUAAAGUCAAAUAAUACAUAUACUGUGACUAUUAUGCGCAUAAUUCCAUAAAAUUUUCUAAAUUUCUUUAUUUUGAGAUUUCAAUUUCAUUGACUUACCAUGGCCACGGAGGAUGUAAUAGAGUUGGGAUCAUCGGAUGAUGAGACUGAACCGGCACCGAAAAAGGUAAAAAACAUUCCAACUAACGCCAUGGUGCACAUACCAUCCAAGUUUCCUGAGUUAACGAUUAAGCCCACAAAGGGGAAAGUUACUCCCGGUAGAUCGGGAGAUAAAAGUACGCAAUCUAAGGUAACAGCAUUAAGUAAAGCAACUUCAUUGACUAUGAGUAAAGUCAAAAUUGUACCCACACUAGGUAAGCCAAGAACUACAUCACCUAUCAAAGUAAAUGGCAGACCAAUACAGAGACUAACAGGACCAGUAAUACUGCCAAUGUCAUCUGGAAAGCUUGUGAGGAAUCCAUUACAAUCGGCAAUGCCUAUUGUUCCUAAACACAAGGCACCUGGGAGCAGGAUAAUGGUGAAUUCUCCUACGACUAUAAUGAAUAAAUUCAAUAACUCUCAGUUAAAGAUCAACAAGGUUCCAAUUUCAGCAAAUCCAAAUAAUUUAAAGUGUCCUAUUAAAGUUCAUGACCCGAGAACAUUGAAUAAGUUGCCUCCUGAUAUCACGAUAGUCAAGACAGUGAGCUGUAAGCGUCCAAUGCCAAGCAAACCCAUGUUCGUCAGAAAGAAACAAAAGCAAAAUAUAAAUAGUGCUUCAGCUACAUUAGAAACAGUAGAAUUAGAUGAUGAUGAUCUUACCCAAGCUUCCACUUCAAGUCCGCAGUGGUAUUUGAGACCAGAAGAGCAAAAUGAGGCUAAUGAUUCCAAUGAACCUGAAAAUUCAUUAGAGAAUAAAAACAAUGCUGAACCAGAAUGUUCAUCCAAGAUGAUUGAGAUAACUAUAGAAGAUAGCCCAAUUAAGGUAAUGCAGAAUAAAAGAACCCAUGAAGUUGGUGCUGAACUGGCUAUUACUAUUGAUGACAGUCCCAUUAAAACUGUGGCUGAUAAAGAUCCCUUAGGCAGCGAUGGUGAAAGAACUGAGGGUGAUAAUCAAAAGACUCCACGAAGUAAGAAAAAGUUGAAUUACCCGAAGGAAACUGGAGCCACAUCUGACAUUGCAACUAUUGAGAUAGAAAUAGAGCCAAUCGAUUAUCCUAAGCUCAAUGCAAGCAACGUCAAAACAGUAAACUGUGGCAUAAAUGAUACUAUUGUGGAAAUAUUUGAAUCACCUGCAAAACCUAUACAGGAGCAGCAGGAUUCUACACCAAAGAAAGAUGAAAGCAAGAGACCUGAAAUAACUUUGAAGCAUGUGGAGUCUUUAGCCCAGACUUUGGAAGACGGAGAGUUCCAUCCCAUAUACCAGAAGUUUAUAGAUCUCUGUUUUAAAUUAGAAAACUCUGAUGACAUGAAAAAAAUUGUUGAGAAAAAAAUAAAGGCCUACUACAAGCAAGCUCCUCAAGUAUACACUUCUUCAGAGGACUUCAUUGACAUGGUGUCAAGCAAAAUAAUCUCUAUGCAAGCUAGUCCAGAGAAAAUGUAUUUGUACAUUAAAGAUAUUGUAGAUGAACUGAACUUACAAAGAAAAAUGGCCAAAGGACAACUGUCUACAAAAGAAGCUACAAGUGCAGAAAAGUUCCAGUUUCCAGAGGAUGGGGAGUUUGAUGCCAAGCGGCAGAGGCAAAUUCGAAAACUUGAGAAAACAAUCAAGAAAUUGCACAGAGCCAUUCAGAAGCUCGAAGAGCAAGAAGUUGACUUUGAUGAUGAGGAAGAUUCAGUCUAUUUGCUCACAGAAAGGUACAAGGAAAGGAUGAUCCGAGUGCAUGCUAAGUUUUGCCAGCUGACCAACACAAAGCUGCCUUCGGAACCUCGAGUUGUGAUCGAAGCGCGUCCAGGUCAGCCCACAGGACCAGCAAAGCGGUUGGAAAAGUGGGUCAAUAGAAAAGUUCCAAUAGGAACACCUCUGCCAUUCCCAGAUUUCCAUGAUGUUCUUCGCUGCGUAAGAGAAGCAAAUGAGGAAGAUAAAUUAGGAUGGAAUGAAGCUGAUAUUAUGGAAGAAGCUCGUGAUUUAUUCACUAGAUGCGGGAAAAAAUUACAAAGACGUAGACAGGAAAAUGAAUGGCGAUUAGCAGUUUCUAGAAUAUCUGUGGACUUAGAUCCCGCGGAACAGAAUGCUGAACUACAGAAGAAGUUAGCAGAAAAUAAACAAGUAGCAACCAAAAAAGAGACUGAAGUUUUUAACAAGUUUGCUGACAGACAAAGCCAGUUGAAAUUAGAAGCGGAAGAGAUUGGUGACAAGGAAGCCGAAGAAUCUCCUGUAGACGACGAAGAAGAAGAGGAAACGAAUGAAGAGAGUUUACAAGAUAAAGAGAAAAGAAAAGAAAAAAUUAAACAACUACUACAGAUUAAAAAGAAAAAGGCGGAAGAAAAGGAGAACGAAUCAAAGGAGACUGGUGAAAAACAAAGACACAUUAAGGAAUUUGUUCAUGGAAAUGAAAGCCAAAUUAAAGAGACUGCAAAGGAAACCUCUGUAGAUGGAAAAUUGAAAGAAAAUGAGAAAUUUGACGCCGCGGCUAAUGACGAUGAGAUUGAAAUGAAUAAUGAACAAUCUAAACUAAUAGAAGGAGUGCAUACAAUAAGCGACGAUAGUAGCAAAGUAGCAUCGGAAGUGGAUGAGUUAAAUCUUUUACAAAAAUUACAUUCGGAAAACGAAAUGAAUACUUCCACCAUAGAGUCCACUGAUACAGAUACUCCAAUAGAUAUUUCCGAUUCAUUGACAUCGGGUGACAACACAAAGAAGAAUGCGACUGACGUGAUAAGCAUUGAAAACUCGAGUUAUUCUGAGUCAGAAAUUAACAAAGACGUAGAUGAUAAUUACGUUAAAGAAAUAUUGCCUAUAGAUAAUAAUAAUGUAGAAGAGGAUAUAUUGCCAACAAUAACCACUUCGAUUGAAUUAGGUGACUUAAACGUAGUUUCCGAUGAUCAAGCACGAAAUUAUGUCCCACAAACUAGUAAUGACGAGUACAAUGACUCUAUUGGAAAUAUUCUCUUGGCUUCAUCUGAAGAUGAACUUGCUGAUAAGGACGAUAAUGAUUUAGGAAAGGAAGAAAGCAGUAUGAAUUUGCAGGAUGAUAAUUUAUCCGUAGGUGAUACCGUUGUACAAGACGUCGCACUUAAAAAUGCAGAUGACCUGGAAAGUCAGUGUAAUGAGACAAAUGAAAAUAAUAAUACAGAACAAUUACCUCAAGAAGAUAACAGUACUGUCAGUAGUUGUGGCGAAGAUGUAUUGGAAAAGCAAGGCAAACGUGAUGGUGAUGCAAUAGGUGACACUAUAGAUAUAUUUUCGUCUUUUGACAAGAAUAGCGAAGAAUCUGUAACAUCUGUUAAGAGUACUGAUCAACUUGUAGAAGAUGAAAAUGAAAUUAUUCAGAAAGAGUAUAAUCCAGAAGAAGCUAAGAUUAAUGUUGUCACUGAAAUAAUAUCAGAUCCCGACAGCCUUGAUAAGGUCAAUGUGAGACAAUCUUCUAAUUAUGAUGUUCAAGCAGAUAUUGAAAUGCUGGAGGCAGAAGACAAUAUAGUCAAUAAUAUGAAGGAUGUUAAAAAUUCGGAAUUAGCAGCAGUUGUCCCAUCCAAUAAAGAAGAAAUAGAAAUGGACGAUACAGAACCUGUCAUGGCUGAAUCUAUGGAAAUUGUACAUAAUGACGUAGUUUUGGAAGACACAACUAAAGUAGGGAAAUCUAACAUUCCUAGUAAUAUUGCUGCGUCAGAUUCAGUGUUAAAAAAAGACGACGCCAAAGUUUCUAAUAUUGAGAGAACUGAAGAUAGCUUAGAUGCUUUAUUAGAAGAACUUAAUUCAGAUUUAAGUAAUAAUAAAUAA